UUGUGGAGCAUGCGUGUGACUGAAACAUAUAAUUCGCUGCGUUUACAAGUUGAACUUCGAUAAGUCAUCAAAAUGGAGUACAAACUUGAUGGCAAAAGAGCUCUCGUUACAGGGGCUGGAAAAGGAAUCGGUCGAGGAAUCGCCAAAAGAAUAGCUGAAUGUGGUGCUGAAACUUUCGCACUAAGUAGGACACAAGAAGACCUUGAUAGUCUGAAAGCAGAGGUACCCAAUAUCAACAUAAUUAACAUAGACUUACAAGACUGGGAUAAAACAAGAGAGGAAGUUAGUAAGAUUGGUCAUAUAGACUUACUGGUCAAUAAUGCUGGUGUUGGCAGUGUAUUUCCAUUCCUCGACAUACCAAAAGAAGAGAUAGAUAGGUUGUAUGAUAUCAACGUAAAAGCAGUGUUCAAUGUUUCGCAGGUAAUUGCCAAGCGCAUGAUAGAAAAGGGGGAUGGCGGCUCUAUAGUGAAUAUUUCCAGUAUACUAUCAAGGACAGCUCAGCCUAAUACCAGCGCUUAUUCUUCUACAAAAGGUGCCAUCGAUAAUAUGACCAGAUGUAUGGCUCUAGAACUUGGACCCCAUAAUAUUCGGGUCAAUUCAGUAAACCCAACUGUCGUAAUGACGAAGAUGGCGGAAGGACACGAGCAUACAGUGACAAACUUACUCGAGAGAACACCGAUGGGAAGGUUUGCUGACAUAAAAGAUGUUGUGAAUGCCGUAGUAUUCCUACUGAGUGACGAAAGUGGCAUGAUAAGUGGCGAAUCUCUUCGUGUCGAUGGAGGAUUAGGAGUAUACUGAACCUAGGCUAUUCGUCCUGUAUUGACGUAGAAUAAAUAUGAAUACAAAUA